UAAUUGCUCUGUUCCUCUGUAUUUUGGAAUCUUUUCCAUUUUUCUUAUGUCUUCGUGAUUUGUGUGAUUUGUACAUUCCGCCAUGUUUUUUUCGUAAGUCGUGUCAAGUUGCUGGAAAAUCUCUUCGUGUUAAAACCAGCUUCUUCGGUGUUCUGUGAUAUUUUCAAGGUGCCGAUAAGACGGAAAGAAAAAUUUUAGAGCUGCCAGCAAAAAACAACAACAGAACAAGGCAAGUGGAUUUUUGCUACAGAUAUGAAUCGGAGUGAAGGGUUGGUCCGACGUGUUAAAGCACGCGACACGGAAUCGAACAGUGGUAGUGGCGGGAAUGGAGGUGGUCCAUCCACUAAUAAUUAUGACCAAGAAGUGAAGAACGAUAAGGAAGAAGAGCUAGAUGAUUGCGACUCGAAAGAAACGAGACUUACCCUGAUGGAGGAAGUGCUACUUCUCGGCCUCAAAGAUAAGGAGGGUUACACAUCGUUUUGGAAUGAUUGCAUAUCGAGUGGGCUACGUGGAUGUAUCUUAAUAGAAUUGGGUCUACGAGGACGCGUUGAGCUUGAACGGGCUGGUAUGCGGCGGAAGGGAUUGUGUACGCGGAAAAUAAUCCUAAAAUCAGACACACCUACUGGCGACGUUUUACUUGAUGAAGCACUGAAGCACAUCAAAGAAACUGAGCCACCGGAGACUAUACAGAACUGGAUUGAGUAUCUGAGCGGUGAAACGUGGAACCCACUGAAGUUGCGGUAUCAGUUAAAAAACGUACGCGAACGACUUGCCAAAAACUUAGUGGAGAAGGGAGUGUUGACCACCGAGAAACAAAAUUUCCUUCUCUUCGAUAUGACCACUCAUCCGUUGAAUGAUAACGUAAUCAAGUGUAAGCUGGUUAAAAAGAUUCAGGACGCAGUGCUAACAAAAUGGGUCAAUGAUCCGCAGCGCAUUGAUAAGCGCAUGCUGGCUCUAAUCCUUCUCGCUCAUGCGAGUGACGUGUUGGAAAAUGCCUUUGCCCCGCUGAACGAUGACGAUUAUGAACUAGCAAUGCGACGCGUUCGGGAACUUUUGGAUUUGGACUUCGAAGCGGAAGCUGCCAAAUCGAACCAUAAUGAAGUGAUUUGGGCUGUGUUUGCGGCGUUUACUAAGUAAGCUCUAGUUAGGUAGAUUGCCGGUAGUUGUCCCUUCUCGCCCUUAGAAAGGGAUAUGAUAUGAGAUGUAAGCAUAGCAUAUUAUACGAGUAAAAGGACACGAGUUCCGGAGUGCUACGAAGCUCUGGUGCAGUUUCAGAGCAUCUCUCCUGAUUCCGAACUUGUUCCUUGCAUUCCUUUCGACUCCCACUUCCUCGUAUAGUCCAUAUUACCCACUUACAGCGGUAAAUCCACACAGCAUAAACAAUGCAGAUCAUAAGACAAGCAUGGAUCAAGCAAGAUAGUAGCUCUAGUAAUACACUUACUGAAUAUAUUUUAUUUUUACCUAUUUAUAGCGAAUAAUCCAAUAAUCACAAAAAAACGUUUUUAAGGAUACCGAUACGAUCGUUACAAGCAGCGCUUAUGAUAAUGAUUAAUUAGGUUAUCAACUAACAACACAUCCAAGUUACUAUAUAUGACACAGGUAAAAUUGAAUGCGAUCAGAUCUUUUUUUUUAUCUCGGUCAUAGCAUUCAACAAGAGAAACCUUCGAGGUCUUUAAAACAUUGUGAUUUCAUGUUUUUGUUUUAAUUUUUAGUUUGUCCAAUACCGUUUAUCAGCUGAAUUUUGACCAUUUCGUUCAUUCGAAUAGAAAGUGAAAGUAAUUCUACCUAAUUGAAUUCAAUCAUUUAUUAAAGCAUGUUGUGUACUGCAAAGGGAUUAUGAUUUUUAUUUUAUUUUUUGGGUGCGCACGCUGAUUUUUCAUUGACACUUUUGACGCUAUCAAGUGUAUGUUUUGUAUAUGUGAAAGUUUACGACGGCAACGAAUGGAGUAUCGCUCGUUGUAUCUCUAGAAACAAAGAAAAAAAAAACACUAUUUCAGUAAGAUGUUUUUUACUGAUUACGAAAUUAAAGAAAAGGCAACAAUGAUUGUUGGUAAUAGCUAAAAAGUAACAGAAAGUAGUGAAUAAUCGUAGGAUGGUUAUGUUCAACAACUGCAGUUGGAGUUAUUGCACGCUGUAACAUAACUCAUUCGGUAUUGAGAGAUCAAGAAACGCUCGAUUAGGGGAGUGCUGUGUAAAUAGAUUGAAACGGAAGUUUAUUGUUAUCAAACAUAUAUGUAAAAUACAUUAACGAUUUAAAAAUAAA